UAUCCUUAAUCCAAAAUCAAAAAAAAAAAAAAUGAAUGACAAAAUUGAACAAUCAGAAAAUGUAAAUAAAUAUGAAUUCAAUACCAUUUCGGAUAAAAAAGAUUUCGGUUCAUUGGGCAUACCGAACUAUAUAAUCGAAUAUGAUCCAUUAAAUUUGGUCAUCAAAUGUCCUCGUUAUCAUCGAUUUAUGACAAAUGAAAAAUCAGAGAUCAGUAUCGAUGAUCUUGAUCAGAUACAAUUGGAAAUGGAAACAUUACUGUUGGAUACGAUGAAACGAUUACGAUUACUGAAAAAUGAAUUGAAUGCCAAUGAAAUUAAAAUGUUGAAAAAUAACAUUGAUGCAUCAUCAUCAUCAUCGUCAUCAUCAUCAAAGUCUAAAACCGAAAUCAAACAACCGUAUAAUGAAAAAACUUUUGAAAAAUAUUUUGAUCGUAUAACAUUCAAAAGUAAAGCGAAUUGUGCGCUACAGCCAAAUUAUGAAAUAAUCGAACGUUUUAUCGCCAUGCCAUAUCCACAGCUAAACGAUGUUGAUGUGCCCAAUCAAUUUUGGUCAUUUAUACAUUAUCUUCAUGAUAUUCCACCCAAAGAAGAAGAAGUCAAACAAUGUGCUGCAUUUUAUGGUAAAUGUAAAAUGUUGGAUGAUGAUAUAUCCCGGAUGAAUGAUAUAAAUAUAAAGACCAUUGAUCAUGGAGAUAAUAACGACAACCAGAAUGAUGAAAAACAACAAGAUGGAAAAACUAGAUCAAUAUUUGGAAAAAUUUAUUCAUCAAUUUUCCAAUGAUGAAACAAAUCCAGAAAAAUCAUAUGGUCCAUUGACCAAAAGGCUGAUGGCUAGUUUUAUAAAAAUCGAUAAUAAUGAUGAAACCAUUGGAAAAUGUGAGACAGCUGAAACAUUAGAUGAUGAAAAUGUAAAAACAGAAAACCUCGAAACUGAUGAUUCUAUUCAGCAAUCAGAAAAAAAUGAAGAAAAAAAACAGCCAUCAAAUAGACAACAAAAUCCAAUAGAAAUCGAACCACAUCGAUCACAUAAAUUUGAAAGAUCAUUACAUAAAGUUCUUAAACAAUUGGAUCUACUACAUUCUCAUCCAAAA